AUGAAGGCAUCUAUCUCUUUGCUCAUUGCCGCCCUGACCGCUGGCGUCGUUGCUGAUCUUCACACUACCGGUGUCUGUAUCGAUCAGAAGGGGGCCGAUGUCUAUAACAGAGCUGCGACUGAGAAGGCCUGCGCCGCGUACAAGAAGCGCAACACCGGCAACGAGCAAUGGGAUCAAUGCCCCGACUGCACAUUGAAGAACGAGAGGGACCUGCUGUACUACUGCGAGUCUGCCGGAAAGCACAUUGGAGGCGACGAGCUGCACUACUACUGCACACAGAACGGUGCCGCUGACAGUGUGGCCUGGUAG